AUGGCUGAACACCAACCACGAUCGAACCAGCAUGGCGGCCAGCGCUCAUGCGAAUCUCGGUCUCAACGCACGCCGGCGAGAGAUGGCGCCCUCGAUCUCGCCAUCGAUCACCGCCUCAUACCCGUCCCCAGAGCCACAAAUGAAGAUGAGGUCGCUGCUCAGGCGAUUGUAUCUUGCGUCCCUCUUGGACACUACCGAGGGUUCCGACUGCUUGUACGACCACGGCGGUCGCUCGCCAUGCUUCUCUAUGUAAGCAAAAGCUCGCUCCAGCUCCGUCUCCUUGUUGAUGUUGGCGUGAAGCCAGUGGGCGAGCGGGAUGACGAUCGGCAAAGAAAUGGCGACGAACGUCCAGAAGAAAGCGGCGCGAAGGAAUUGCCAUACGAGAUCGAUCUCGUAAGCCUUGCGGCGGCGGAAGGUUUCGUGCCAGUCGGUGAAGCCCGACCCAGGCACGUCUGGGUCGAGGCGGUCUCGCUCGAAGAAGAGGUCCAGAAGUCGACCGAAGGUGUUUUGGUAGAAAGGGUCGUUCAGGCCCGCCAGCAGGCAAAACGACACGAAGAUGUAGGUUUAGUGGGCUUGUCGGAACCCAAUCGGCAGGGCAAGACGAUGUAUGAGGACAUGGCCUAG